CGAACAUUUUUUGCAAUUUUCCUCUUGCAAGCAAGAAUGAAUAUCCGUAGUUCGCUAGUUAACGAAUGAAGAAGUGUAUUUGUCAUACGGGUAUUUCGCACAUUUUGUUGGAUGGAGCAAGUUCUUCUAGGAACAUCUACGGAGCAUCAUGUCAAACACUGUCAAAAUGAAGCUGAUGGAGCUUGCUGGAAGUGCAGAGUCACAUAAGGACUUGGUCAUCAGAUACUCGGAGCUGCUGGAUGCGCUGUUCGCGGCGCCCGAGCGCGACAUGCUGGAAGGCCUGCGCCUGUUCGUGCGCCACAUCGUCAACGAGAACGUCAGCCUGGUGAUCUCGCGCCAGCUGCUGAGCGAGGUGUCGGCGCACAUGACGCGCCUGCCCGACCCCACCUCGCAGCAGGUGGCGCUGUUCGUGCUGGAGACGGUGCAGCCGCGGGCCAUCUCGUUCGAGGAGCAGCUGGCCACGGUACGACAGCACCUGGCCGGGGUGUACGAGCGGCAGCAGCGGUGGCGCGAGGCGGCCAGCGUGCUGACGGCCAUCCCGCUGGAGACGGGCCAGAAGCAGUACUCGUCCGAGUACCGGCUGCAGACCUACAUCAAGAUCGCGCGCCUCUGCCUGGAGGAGGACGACCCGGACAUGGCCGAGACCUACAUCACGCGCGCCUCCGUACUGCAGGCAGAGAGCAAGGACGAGGAGCUGGUCGUGCUGUACAAAGUGUGCUACGCGCGCGUGCUCGACUACCGGCGCAAGUUCCUGGAAGCGGCCCAGCGCUACAUCGAGCUCUCGUACCGCUCCAUCGUCGAGCACGGCGAGCGCAUGACGGCGCUCAACAACGCCGUCAUCUGCACCAUCCUGGCGUCGGCCGGUCGCAUCCGGUCUCGUGUGCUGGCCACGCUGUUCAAGGACGAGCGCUGCCAGUCGCUGCCGGCCUUCACUAUCCUGGAGAAGAUGUACCUGGACCGGAUCAUCCGCAAGCCGGAGCUGAAGGAGCUCGAGUCGCUGCUGCAGAGCCACCAGAAGGCCACCACCGCCGACGGCUCGACGCUGCUCGAUCGUGCCGUCGUCGAGCACAACAUCCUCUCCGCCUCCAAGAUCUACAGCAACAUCUCGUUCGCGUCGCUGGCGGCGCUGCUGGAGGUGUCGCCGCGCGCCGCCGAGAAGGCCGCCGCGCAGAUGCUCUCGGAGGAGCGGAUGGCCGGCCGGAUCGACCAGAUCGACGGCGUGCUGCACUUCCAGCAGGGCGAGCUGCUGGCCGACUGGGACCACCAGAUCCAGGGCCUGUGCGGCCAGGUGAACGGACUGGUGGACAAGAUCGCUAGCGUGUCCCCGGAGUGGACGGCCGGCGCGCUGGAGCAGACCAACUGACGCCGGUCUCGAGGUGGCGCGCAACGGCCCCGCUGAGGCGGCGGACUGUCGCUCGUCCCGCCCCGGGCGGCGCCAGCCGAGCGACCGACGAGUCCGACGCCCCGCCCGCCGCCGGCUCGUCCCUCACCCGGGGCGUCUGUGGGGGCGUGCCCCCGCUGGUGCGUGGCGUCCCGUGAGGCUGAGACACUGGGUGUCAUCCGCCCUCCGCGCCCCGCGAGCGCUGGCGGGGCCGGGCGACUGUCGCGCCCUCUGGCCGCCGGGCGGCGCUAGUGUUGUGUGCCGCCGGCGGCCGUGGCCCGGAAGCAGGGCCGUGCUGGUUACUCUGGCUCCAGGGCCGACCGAGAUGACGGCCGUGCCAAAGCCAGAGCUCGCAGCUGGGGCUCCUAGUCGGAGCGCAGAGCCCGCUGGUCCGGUCGUGAGCUCUGCCGGUCGGUCACUCUCCCCACGUACCUAUGCGUACCAAUAAACUGUGAUGCCUU